AAAUUCACUCUAGUGAUGUCAACAUGAUGGCACGAUUUAAAGCGCAAAGGGGAGUUUCGUGACCUCUUCAGAUUGUGUUGAUAUUUGGGCAGCGGGAGCGAGUAGACGCACCGGGCACACGCGAUGGAGCCGCGCAUCACCAAAAAAGAGCUCCAGCACAGGGUGUUUGUGAACCGGAGUCUGACGCUUGAAAACAUCAAGUGCUAUGGCUUUGACAUGGAUUACACUCUGGCAGUUUAUAAAUCUCCAGAGUAUGAGAGUCUGGGCUUUGAGCUGCUCAGGGACAGGCUCGUGUCCAUUGGAUAUCCGCACGAGCUGCUGGGAUAUACAUACGACUCCACUUUCCCUACACGAGGUCUGGUUUAUGACACCACAUACGGUAACCUGUUGAAAAUAGACUCCAAUGGAAACAUCCUGGUCUGCACUCACGGCUUCGAGUACCUGAGAGGUGAACAGGUGGAUGAGUAUUAUCCAAACAAGUUCAUCCAGAGGGACGACACUGACCGAUUUUACGUCCUCAACACGCUCUUCAACCUCUCAGAGACCUAUCUUUACGCCUGCCUGGUUGACUUCUACACCAAAAGCACCAGAUACAAGAAUUGGCCGAAGGGGUUUAAACAUGGUGACUUGUUCAUGUCACACAGAAGCAUGUUUCAGGACGUGCGGGAUGCCAUGGAUCAUCUUCACGACACUGGGACACUGAAGGAACGGACACUGAAAAACCUGGACAAGUACGUCAUUAAAGAUCCUCGUAUUCCUGUGUUACUGAGCCGCAUCAAAGAGGUCGCUAAAGUGUUCCUGGCCACCAACAGCGACUUCAAUUACACCGAGGCUAUCAUGAAAUACUUACUGGAUUCGGCGACGGGCUCUAAGGGCAUGAAGAAGUCGUGGCGCUCUUACUUUGACCUGGUGGUUGUGGAUACGAGGAAGCCCUUGUUCUUCGCUGGAGGGACAGUUUUACGCCAAGUGGACACAGACACUGGGAAGUUGCGAAUCGGCACAUACACCGGAGACCUCCAGCAUGGGACGGUGUAUUCUGGAGGAUCUUCUGAUCUAGUCUGCGAUUUGCUGGAUGUAAAGGGCAAAGACAUCCUCUAUGUGGGCGAUCACAUUUUUGGGGACAUCCUGAAGUCCAAGAAGAGGCAGGGCUGGAAGACGUUCCUCGUGGUUCCUGAGCUCGUGAAAGAGCUGCAUGUGUGGGCAGACAAAUCCAGUAUGUUUGAGGAGCUAAAACACCUCGACAUCUUCCUCGCAGAGUUGUAUCAGCAUUUGGACAGUGGAAGUCAAGAGUGUCCAGAUAUCAGUGCGAUUCAGACCAGGAUAAAGAUGGUGACGUACGGCAUGGAUCUGUGUUAUGGGAAGAUGGGCAGUUUGUUGCGCUGUGGCUCCACUAAAACACUGUUCGCCAGUCAGUUACUGCGGUAUGCAGACAUUUACUCAACCACCUGCCUUAACCUGCUUAACUACCCCUUCAGCUUCCUCUUCAGAGCCCCGCUCGUCCUGUUGCCACAUGAGGCCGCUGUGGAGACUCAGAAUAAAGAGCAGAUGGCAGAGCUGUCAGAGCACAUGCGCAGAACCGGCAUCAAGCAGCGUCAGUGUGAGUGUGAGGAUGGAGACUGUGGACAAGAUGACAACUGUGCCGCCAGAAACACCGCUUCCACUUCAACUAAAGACAAAUAGACAUUUAUUUAUUUUUUUACUGCUGUAAAUAGGCCUGAUUUUUUUAAACGUGCAUGUUUUACCUUCACACGUUUCCAUUGCUGUGUGUUGCUGUUUCACAGUUCCGCUCGGAUAUGAUUCCACUUCCGGCAGAAAGUAAACGGAAUUAAUUUGCCAAGUUUGCGAUGUUGUAUUGAGUUAACAGCUGUUAUUUGUAAAGCAGGUCUAUCAUUAUUUAAGCAUUUCGUAAAACUUUUAUAUUCUUUGGAUUUAAAUAUGAUAUUCAGCCUUUUGUAUGACUGUCAUAACUGCAUGAAAACUUAAGAUAAUCAGAUUUUGAAGUUUCAUUGGAAACAUUCGUUUAUAUCUCAAUUAUUUACAUAAAUACUAAAUGUGUCUACACCUGUGAAUGCUUUGUUUACUAUUUUUCAUAAAAUUAAAUUACCAUUAAAAUGUUUAUUUUA